UCUCCAUAAAAUACCAGCCAAUUUUGAAUUUUUUGUGUGAGAUAAUUGAAGUUAAGACCAGACUUCACUACCCCAUCUAAUUAUUCGGCUGAUGUAGCUCAGAGAGAGAGAGAGAGAGACGUAUCUUAUUUUCAAUUUUCUCGAUUUUUUAAUUUUCUUGGAUUGGUUUGAUAAUUAACUAAUGCUCUCGAACACACGAAUACGUAUGUGGAUGAGAAGACCCAUUGGCAUGAUAGGAUGCGGAAUCAAAUGCACACCUUGAAAAACUGAUCCACAAAGCUGGAGAAAAAUUCUUCAUUUGUAAAGAUGGAGAUAACCAAUGUUAUGGAAUAUGAGGCCAUUGCAAAGCAGAAACUGCCAAAGAUGGUGUAUGACUACUAUGCAUCAGGUGCAGAGGACCAAUGGACUCUUCAGGAAAACAGAAAUGCAUUCUCAAGGAUUCUGUUUCGUCCUCGUAUUCUUAUCGAUGUAAGCAAGAUAGACAUGAGCACCACUGUCUUGGGAUUCAAGAUAUCAAUGCCCAUCAUGAUUGCUCCCACUGCCAUGCAAAAAAUGGCUCACCCUGAGGGAGAGUAUGCAACAGCAAGAGCAGCAUCAGCCGCUGGCACUAUCAUGACGUUGUCAUCAUGGGCUACUUCUAGCGUUGAAGAGGUUGCUUCAACAGGACCUGGCAUUCGCUUUUUCCAGCUCUAUGUAAACAAAGACAGGAAUGUAGUUGCUCAGCUUGUGAGAAGAGCAGAAAGAGCUGGCUUCAAGGCAAUUGCCCUCACUGUUGAUACUCCACGAUUGGGUCGCAGAGAAGCUGACAUCAAGAACAGAUUUACUUUGCCACCAUUCUUGACAUUGAAGAAUUUUGAGGGGUUGGACCUUGGAAAGAUGGACGAGACAAAUGAUUCUGGACUUGCCUCAUACGUUGCUGGACAAAUUGACCGAUCUCUAAGCUGGAAGGAUGUGAAGUGGCUUCAGACAAUCACCAAAUUGCCAAUUCUAGUGAAGGGUGUACUCACUGCUGAGGAUGCACGGUUGGCCAUACAAGCUGGAGCAGCAGGAAUAAUUGUCUCAAACCAUGGAGCUCGUCAACUUGAUUAUGUCCCUGCUACUAUCAUGGCUCUAGAAGAGGUUGUUAAAGCUGCACAAGGCCAAGUUCCUGUUUUCCUGGAUGGUGGAGUCCGGCGUGGAACAGAUGUUUUCAAGGCACUAGCCCUUGGAGCUUCUGGCAUAUUUAUUGGAAGGCCUGUGGUAUUCUCUUUGGCUUCUGAAGGUGAAGCUGGUGUUAGGAAGGUGCUCCAAAUGCUUCGUGAUGAAUUUGAGCUGACUAUGGCAUUAAGUGGUUGCCGCUCACUCAAGGAGAUAACCCGUGACCACAUUGUGACUGAAUGGGACCAUCCUCGUCCUCUCCCUCCUCUGCCUUCAGCCAGGUUAUAAACAUUCUUGAAUUUCAACAACAGGCCAACAUAAUCCUACAGUAUGAUUAAGGUUUAUCUUUUCAAGAGCCUGAUGUCAUUGGGAGAGCUUAUUUAAGAUUUGAGAGUCCAGAAAUAAUUUAGAGAACCUAAUCUUUUUUAAUGAUGAUUAAUCGUACUUCCAUAAGUGGCCAUGAUAGCCUUUUUUCUGUAUAUUCUUUCUUUGAACCAGGAUAUUGUUUCAAAAGAUAUAGUAUUCUAAACUUCCAUGAAGGAUACUUGUUAUUCUUGGAUAGUAUGAAAGCGUGGGUUGAUAGUUGAUACCCACAAAUUACAA